AUAUAUACAAUAAAUUUCUCGCUGCUGCGUCAUCACCACCUUACAGAAACUUCAGAGUCAAUGGCCCAUCCUCUAUAUAUAAAUGCAAGCGCGUGCAUUUCCUCUUACGCAGUUUCUUCGCACUUCUUCUUGCUGUGGAUCAUUUGGCUUUUCAGCUUCGAAGCCGUUGCCGAGCGUUACGGAGAGUGGAUCGGACGAGCAAAUCGAAGCAGGCGAGAUUGAGCUUGCGAGAUCCGUAGAAGAAUAAGCUGGAAUGGCAGUUCAUGCACAGUAUAUCUCUGACGAUUUCACCCCUGAUUUUCAUUACUCCUGGGUUGAGGCUCCGGGUGGUGUUCUUGAAGGUAUACAGAUGCUGCAGAGCCCAAAUCAUCAGAUCGGCCAGUUUUAUUAUACUGCGAAAGAUGGAGCUCGGGUACCAGCUGGUGUUUUAACCAACGUUGCUGUAUUGAGUGAUCACCCGCAGAGCGAUCUUACAUGCAACGUCUCUAGCUCCUGCCGUAAGCGGAGGAGGGAUGAGCCAAUGAUCGCUAUUGCGGCGCCGAUGUACUCGCAGCUACCGAUUAGGGCAGGUACGAUCGCUUCUUCAAGCGGAUUUCGGGUUUCUGGCGGGUUGGGUUUACCCAUGAUUGAAUCGACGGCGCCGUCCACGAGUGAGGUUUCUUCUGUUUCGUAUUUGCCUAAUGGCCCCGAUGUAUCUCCUGAACAUCUUGCUCUGUUAUAUCGGCAGAACAAUGAAAUGGAUACUCUAUUGCGGCGACAGAGCGAGAGACUUCGUUGGGGAAUGGAAGAGGCGCUUAAGAGAUAUUGCCAGGAGCUGCUCUACUCUCUGAGCCAGCGCGCCAUAAAACGUCUGCGCGAAAAGGAGGCUGAGCUAGAGAACGCGAGCAGGAGGAAUGCCGAGCUGGAAGAGAAAGCACGGCAGAUAAGCGCUGAGAGCCUGAUCUGGUUCAAUCUCGCCAAGAACAAUGAAGCGGUUGUCUCGAGUCUUAGAACCAGCCUUGAGCAAGCAAUGAUACAGAAUCUCACCGCCGCCUCCGCGGCGCCGCCGGCGAAGGAGGGAUUCGGCGAGAGCAAUUGCUCGCUAUUUCCUGCAGAUGACGCGCAGUCUUGUUGCUUUGAGACCCCGCCGGCGAGUGAAGAACUUCGACGCCGGAUGGUUUGUAAAGUCUGCAACGAGAACGACAUUUGCGUUCUGGUGCUCCCCUGUAGGCAUCUUUGCCUUUGCAAGUCCUGCGACGCUGGCGUUGACACGUGUCCCACUUGUCACUAUCCCAAGAAUGCGACCUUACAAAUCUUUAUGUCCUAAUGUCAGUUUCCACCACAACGUGGUCUGGUCUCCUUUUUUGGUCCUAAACAUCGCUGUAGUUUUUUUUUUUUGUUCUAAUUUUUUAUUUCCUUUUUUUUGGUAAUAUAAUUUUGUAAAUAUUUUAUAUUUUCCCUCCAAAAAAAACCAGCGAUUUGAUUUUUUACAGUCCAAA